GGUAGAUUUGAAGUAAGCCUAAGUCAAGCUAAGUACUUUGAAAUCCGCUUCCGGUGGCCGAAACGGUUGCGCGCGUUGUCAAACUUCAGCCCAAGUCCGUCGUCACAGACAGAUAGAGACACACAGUCGGUACGGUCAAUCGAGAGCAAGGAGAGUCGGAGAGACUCAUUAUGUCCCGUGGCCUACUACGAGACUGUAGUGCGAGUGCGAGUUACUAGUGCAAAAGACGGUCCAAGUGCGUGAUUUACCACUAGUCGGUGCAGCUAAUCUAGUAGUAGUCGGUUUGUGAUUUGGAGUGUCGACAUUGUGGAAGGGGGUGAAGUUGGCUCAGAAUUAGGGUAUUUACGGAACAGAAGUCAGACGCAGAGCGAAUCAACAGUCGCGAAGAGAGAACGGAGAAGGGACCAUGCUAAUGGUGAACGCAAACCUCAAGGAGAAAAUGCUUCGGUUCCAAAUCCCGAACGAGCUGAAGGAUGACUUAAUCUACUGCCAGCGCACCAUCAAGGUGUUCAUAAAGGUCCACCAGCUUCUGGCCUCGAAACUGUCCAACGGGUUGACCCAGAGCCAGAUCUCCAAGCUCAAGCGCUACCUGCACGAGCUAGAGUCCGAAAUGGUGGAGAUCGGCAACGAGCAGCGGCCGCUCGUCCAGGAGCUGGACGGGCUCAUCUUCGCGUACCUGCGGCAACUAUCGGCCCGCGAACUGGUCGACGUGGACGCGGAAACUGCCCACGGGUACGUCUCGCGCGCCCUGUCCGUCCACUACGAGAUGAGUUUCAACACGAAAUAUACUCCGAGGAAUGUGACGGAGCGGUUGAGCGAGGCCCAGCUGGUCCACAAGUAUGAGUUGUCUUCGUUCGACGAGGCUCGUCCCAAAAAGGAAAAGGACGAAUCCCAGAGCAGCGUCGAUUCUUCGGUGUCGCCGACGGGCGCCCAUCCGUACAACCAGAAGCAACAGGUGUCGCUGCUGAAGCCCAAGGAAGAACGCUGCACGGGAAAUGGAUCUUCGAGUUCGCAGCAAGCUCGCGAGCAAGCGCUGAAGAACAUCGCACCGGAGACGAUCGCGGUGCCGCGCAAGCUGGUCAAGACGUUGCCCAAGACUGCGGCUGGAGAGCCGUCGCUGGCGCGCCCGAUCGCAAAGCUCCCCGACCUGGAGAAGGCUUCGCCGGUUAAGGUGGAGGAGGACGAUGAAGAGGACGAACUGCCGGAACUUCCGCCAACGGUUGCGAUCAAGAAGAGUCGGUUGAAUCUGCUGCAAGCGUUGACAAAAGCCAGGAACCAGAACCAGAACGCCCCCGAGGGGGAGGUCACCAAACCGAGCUUACCGCGCCAACGCGCAACCAUGACCAAGACCAAGAGCGACCCGCUGCCCAAGCGAGGUGCCUCCAGCGGCGGAGGCAACGCUUCGUCCGAUUCUUCCCCCAACUCGCGCUCCUCAACGCCGCUCUCCGUCAAAGCCUCCGACGACUCGUCGUCCGACCCCGUUCGCAGCCCCAUCGAGGAGUACGUCGAGCCGCAACCCACCGACAUCGCCGAACUGCCCCAGCCCAUGUUUCUGCGCUACUUCGGUCUGCUCACCCUGGACGAGAGCAAAGCGCUGGCGACGCGCAAAACCGAAGGCAGCUGCAACAGCACCGAACGCAAGGACUUCCACUACGGCAAGAUCGACUACUACGAGCAGCCGAGCCACAUUGCAGCGCGCCGCAGGGUCAACAAGCGACCGAUUCUACUGCCGCCGGCCAUGGGCGUCAAGAAGCGCAAGCACUUUGAGCUGAUUGCGGACCGGACGGGGGCGGGCAGUGUGAAGGGAGGAGGUUCGGGAUCGUCGUCGUCGAGUUCGGGAUCGGGAGCGGCGGCGGCGGCGGCGGCGCGUGUUGUGACGGGAACGGCCGAGAGUAACAAGCUGGUGCUGGCCGAUUUGGAGAACAAGAUGUGCAUCGUGUGCAAUAAAACAGGUUCCCCCGACAGUCUGAGCGCGUGCGUGUACUGCUGCAACAUAUACCACCUCAAGUGCCACAGCAACAGCAUCUUCAACCCGCAGCUGCUCCGCCAGCGGGACAACAUCUGUCCGGUGUGUCUGGCGAAGAAGCAACAGGCGGCGCUCGCCCUCCAGAACCAACAGCGCGACGAACUGCAGCGCAAACGCCUGCUGCGACGGGUGGCGGAACAGCGCGCCCGCCACGAGACGCUCCAGCUGCGCCGCCAAUCCCUGGAGGGAAAGUUCGCCCACAAGCGGCGCGUCCGGAAGCGGCUGUUGGCCCAGGAACGGGACACCCGCGACCAGAUCGCCGGCCUGAUGAACAGCGUGCGGACGCUGCGGCACGAGCAGUGAGCGCGCCAAAGCCACGAACUGCCAGUAAUGUUUAAUUUUUAUUUGAUUUUAUCGUUGCGCAAAGGAGAGUCACCUGAUUUAGAUGUAGAUUGUGGAAGAGAACAAUAGUGGAAGAAGAAGAAGAAAGCGUUUGCUUUUAUACCCUUUAAGAUAAUAUAUAUUGUACGAUAGUUGAUGUAA